AAGAAGCGUACUCCUCCUAAGCGUGGUGGUGGGCGUGGCUCUGGAGGCAGCUCCAGGACUGGCAGUUACUCCGGAACACCGUCCAUAGACUCCGCCUCCACCUCCAACACACUCCGAGCCGCCGCUAGCAAACUGGAGCAAGGUACACACGCACGCACUCACACACAUUUUCACAGAUUGUAAAUAGAUAUUUAUAUUUGUAAUAUUUGCAUGUAUAUUAACAUUCACAGGAUCUGAAAGUCUUGUUUUGUUUGUCUAACCUUAAGGCUAUGUGUGACCUCAGCACUGUAUGCUAACUCUUCUUGAUUGAACGAUAAAGGGUUGUUAACACUGUCUCCGUCAUCGUGCGCUCUGCCUCCCCCCUCCUUCCCUCCUCACAGGUAAGAGACAGGUGGUGGGUGGUAGCUCUGAGUCUCCAGCUGCCAAGAGGCUGAAGAUUGAGUCCAGCAGCACGGCUAUCACCACCCAGAGUCCUGCCCCCUCAGGGAAGAGCACUCCACAGCCCCCCUCAGGCAAAUCAACUCCCAGCUCCAGGUAUAUUCCUCCUCUUCAAUCUCUCCUGUUUGUUCUCUUUUCUCACCCUUACCCUCUCUCUAGCUCACACACACACACUCGUUCUCUCUUUUUGUCUCUCUCUCCUCUUCCUCUUUUCUCUGUCCCCUACUCUCCUCUCCCACACACACUCUUUCUUUCUUCCUCUUCUCUCCUCUCCUCUCUUAUUUUCUCAUGUUCCCACUCUCUAUCACCCUCUCUUUCUCUCCCCUACUCUUCUUGCCUCAUUCCCUCCCCCCUUCCACAACCUACCCUCCCCCUGCUUUGUUUUACCCCUCUCCAUCCUCCCCUCCCUCUCCACAGUGAUGUUCAGCUGACAGAGGAGGCGGUGCGCCGCUACCUGAUUCGGAAGCCAAUGACCACCAAGGACCUGCUGAAGAAGUUCCAGACAAAGAGGACGGGCCUGAGCAGCGAGCAGACGGUAAACGUCCUGGCCCAGAUCCUCAAACGCCUCAACCCCGAGAGGAAGAACGUCAACGACAAGAUGCACUUCUAUCUCACCGAGUGA